GUCCACUUUGCCGCAGCAGCAGAAGCAGCACCGGCGCUGUUCGGUAUUUCUACAGCGCUCCUCCAGGGCUGGCAUGCUGCUUGCCCAAGCCGCCCUCACUGCCUGCAAACCCUCUCUCUGCGCAACAACAACACCUUCAUCACGCUACCUGGCGCUGUCUGUCUCGCGACCGCUCGCCCUCGUCUCCACGCGCCUGCUUGCCCGGCCGCCCCGCCCCAGCGCCCUUGACCGUGCCAGCCGCGCCGUACAUUCGCCCGCGUCUGCACACGCCUCGCCGCCAAUGGACCAGAAUGGCACAACCAAGCGCAAGCAACCGCCCACCUCACCCGCCACCGACCGCCCCCUCAAGCAGAUCAAGCCCGAACCCGACUCGCACGUGACCAACGGCGUCAUGUCGCAUUCCCACGCCCCCGACGAGUCCAUGGACGAGGCGCCCAGCGAGUACAGCGUCGCCGACGACCUGCCGCCCGCGUCCCAUGUCACAGCCGCCGCCGGCGCCGACACGGCUGAAUGGCAGAAGACGAUUGAGAACGUGGUCAAGAGCGUCGUGUCGAUCCACUUCUGCCAGACGUGCUCGUUUGACACCGACGCCGCCGUCAGCUCAGAGGCCACGGGCUUUGUCGUGGAUGCCGAGCAAGGCUACAUCCUCACCAACCGGCACGUCGUGGGCGCUGGCCCCUUUAUCGGCUACUGCAUCUUCGACAACCACGAGGAGUGCGACGUCCACCCCGUCUACCGCGACCCCGUCCACGACUUUGGCAUCCUGCGCUUCGACCCCAAGAAAAUCCGCUACAUGCCCGUCACGGCGCUCAAGCUGCGCCCCGACAACGCCAAAGUCGGCGUCGAGAUCCGCGUGGUUGGCAACGACGCGGGAGAGAAGCUCAGUAUCCUGUCCGGCGUCAUCAGUCGGCUGGACCGCAACGCGCCCGAGUACGGCGAGGGCUACUCCGACUUCAACACCAACUACAUCCAGGCGGCGGCUGCGGCCAGCGGAGGAUCUUCAGGCAGUCCGGUCGUCGAUCGCAACGGGUUUGCCGUUGCGCUCCAGGCUGGCGGACGCGCCGACGGUGCUGCGACCGACUAUUUCCUGCCGCUGGACCGGCCACUGCGCGCGCUGGAGCUGAUCCGCCAAGCCAAGUACGUCACCAGAGGCACCAUCCAGACACAGUGGAUACUGAAGCCCUUCGACGAGUGUCGGCGACUAGGCCUCUCGGCCGAGCUGGAGAAGGAGAUCCGCACGCAGUUUCCGAAAGAGACGGGCAUGCUGGUCGCCGAGGUUGUGCUCCCCCAGGGCCCGGCGUCUGGCAAGAUUGAAGAAGGCGAUCUCCUGCUGCGCGUCAACGGAGAGCUGCUCACGCAGUUUGUCCGCCUCGACGCAAUCCUGGACGAGCACGUCGACCAGACGAUUUCCGUGACGAUACAGCGUGCGGGAGAGAACAUGGAAGUCGAGAUUGACGUCGGCGAUCUCCACGCCAUCACGCCCGACAAGUUUGUGUCUGUCGCGGGCGCUUCAUUCCACGACCUCUCGUAUCAGCAAGCCCGCCUGUACGCCAUCUCGCUCAAAGGCGCAGGCGUGUACGUGUGCGAGGCAGCCGGCUCGUUCAGAUUUGCCGAUGGCUACACGUCUGGGUGGCUGAUCCAGGAAGUCGACAACCAGCCGACACCCAACCUAGAUACCUUCAUUGAGGUCAUGAAGAAGAUUCCUGACCGCAAGCGAGUCGUCAUGAUGUACAAGCACCUGCGCGAUUUGCACACUGCAAACACUAGCAUCACUGCAGUCGAUAGGCAUUGGCACGCAAAGAUUCGCGUCGCAACACGCAAUGAUACGACCGGCUUGUGGGACUUUAAAUCACUUGCCGAUGCCAUACCACCUGUGCCCCCAGUGCCACGCCGUGCCAACUUCGUCCAGAUGAGCUCCAACUAUCCAGAUGCAGUAGACAUUGUUCGCAGCUUUGUACGCGUGCACGUCUCCAUGCCCAUCAAGCUCGACGGCUUCCCCAAGCUGAACAAGCAGGGCUACGGCCUGGUGGUGGACGCCGAGCAGGGGCUUGUCCUUGUCUCGAGAGCGAUUCUGCCAUACGACCUGUGCGACAUUUCGCUCAUCAUCGCCGACAGCAUCUUUGUCGACGCAAAGGUCGUCUUCAUGCACCCGUUGCAGAACUAUGCCAUUGUCAAGUACGACGCUUCGCUAGUCAAUGCACCGGUGAAGACGCCCAGAUUCGCCACCGACUUCAUCAAGAAGGGCGCCGAAACCAUCUUCUUUGGCAUCAACCAGAACUUCCGACCUGUCGUGGCCAAGACGGUCGUCACCGACAUUACCACCGUCGCCAUUCCAGCAAGCGCAAUCACGCCGCGAUACCGUGCGACCAACUUUGAUGCCAUCACCGUCGACACCAACCAGGCCUCACACAGCGGGUCGGGUGUUCUGAUUGCCGAGGACGGCACUGUGCAGGCUCUCUGGCUGUCGUACCUGGGCGAGCGAACAUCGCAUAGUGGCAAGGACGUGGAAUACCAUCUCGGUCUAGCAACCCCUAGCCUGCUCCCGGUACUCGAAGAGAUCCGGAGCGGCAAGACACCCAAACUCCGGAUUCUGAAUGUCGAGUUUCAGACGGUCCAGAUGAGCCAGGCCCGCGUCAUGGGCGUCUCGGAGGAAUGGAUUGAGAAGACGGAAACCGCCGACCCAGAGCGCCACCAGCUCUUCAUGGUUCGCAAGGUCGACUCGGGUCACAGCGACGGCCUCAACGAAGGCGAUGUCCUCUUGACACUGAACGGCAAGCUUGUGACUCGCUCUCCUGAUCUGGACGUCAUGUACAACAACGAAGUUCUCGACGCAGUCAUUGUCCGCAAACGGGAGGAGAAGACGAUCCAGGUCUCGACAGUCCCGACCGAGGACCUCGAGACAGACCGGCUCGUCAGCUUCUGUGGCGCUACCUUCCACCGUCCGCAUCAGGCUGUGCGCCAGCAAAUCAGCAAGGUCCACUCGGAUGUCUACAUCUCGUCGCGGGCCCGCGGCUCGCCAGCAUACAUGUACGGACUCGCACCUACAAACUUUGUCACGCACGUCAACAAUGUGCCCACGCCCGACCUAUCGGCUUUCCUCGUUGAAAUCAAGAAGAUCAAGGACAACGAGUAUUUCCGUAUGAAAGUCAUGACUUUCGACAACGUUCCAUGGGUCGCGACGCUUAAGAAGAACGAGCACUACUUCCCAACAAUUGAGCACAUCAAGGAUCCUUCGGAGCCACUAGGAUGGAAGAAGAUCAUACACGAGUGCGACACUGGAGGGGCCAGAGAGGAGAUGGGCGUUGACGAGCUGGAAGGGGAUGCGGAAGCGAGCGAAGACCUGGCACUAAAUUUUGCAUAGAUGAGCCGGAAUAACCUGAAUGA